AUCAGAGGUUACUGAGAUGUUACUCAGUGUUUAUAACAAUCUAUGUAACUUUAACCGUAUGCGUAUUGUUUUUACCCAACACUGCAUUUUUUUAUGAAAGAAAUGACAGUAGGAGAAAUUUUACAGGAAAUAGAAAACAUCAUCACGCCCAAUGAUGAACCAGGAAUUUCUCUGGAAGAUGUUCUAGUGAGAAAAUGUGAAAAAUAUACAGACAAAGAUUGUCCUUUUCUCACCAGUGUGUCUUUGGACGAUACUAUUACUAAUGAUAAACGAGCAAGAUGGGUUUUUGUACGAGUCCUUCUUGAAAAAUUACUCCACUUGAGAUCAGCUUUACAACAUGCGGAUGAGAAAGAACAGCUUAUAAGUAUUAACCAGAAAAAACACUUGUCAUCAUCGAUAGAAAUGGCUGUGACGCUAGGCAUUGUUGCUCACUUACCAAAAGGUAUUGGCAUUCCAUUGAAACAAAGGUCAUCUUCACAGUUGACCCUCUUUCAAGACACGACUGAAAACGAGAAAAUUUCAAGUUUGAUACUGACCUUAUCAACAUUGAUGGAGCUAAGAAAGGACUCAACAAUGCUUACAAUUAUCACGUCGCAACAUUUGGGUGAUGUUUUGGCCUGUUUGUUUAGCCUUUUGCUCCCAUCGGUUUGGUCUAGGCCAAUAGUCGAGGAUCAGAGGGUUAUUUUUAAGUCUUAUCUAAAAGAAAUUGUCGAAAAGACAUUUCAACCCUACCUCAUUAAAGAAUUAAUGCUUUUGAAUGGAAACAAAGAAUGUCCUCCAAGGUUAUCACACGUUAUUAGAUGCAUGAUGACAGAAAGACUAAUGCUAGAAGGUGGUGUCAUUGCUACAAUACGAGCUAUACUUGACAUAACUGGCGAUACUGCUCCCACCCAAUGGAAAACAGUUGAAAUUUUGGCAAGACUUAUAAUAAAGCCUCAUAUAAAAGAUGUUGAGGCAUAUCAAUUCAAAGUCUAUUCACAAGUCUUGUCUCUUUUAUAUUCCAAGGAAAAACAAUUCAUGCAAAUUGCAGUUUGUUGCGUGAAAAUUCUUAAUGAAAUUUCACCUGAAACCUGUAAGCAAUAUUUCUUGAAUGAGUUGAUGGGUCCUUUAAAAAAGGCGAGCCCAGAGACUGUUGUCACAUCGGCUAUAACUGCUUUACAUAAUUGCAUUGGAAUACCUUGUUCAGACCACUGGUCCUUAAAGCCAGAACUGUUUUCAGAAAUCCACGCCACUCUGUUUCGUCUCUACUGUGACACGUUAAAUAGUGCGACUUUUAUUAAAAAUGAAUUGAGUGAUAUUGUGUGGUCUACAAUUGCACAAUGUGAUUUUGAACGGAUGUUUAAUAUAUUUGUGUUUGAACCUGCUGACAUCACUUUCAAUUAUGGAGACGAAGGUGGGAUUGUUAUUAAAGAAGGAAAACUUGAUGCAUUUUGGGAAGACACUUCUGAUAAAUUACUGCAAUUAGUAUUGUCAAAAGAGGAUUCUAAUGUUUUAAUAAGAUUUUUUAAUGUUUUAUUAACCACUGUGAUAGACGGUACGAUAGAAAAAAAAUUAGUAUGUGCAAAACUUUUAGCAGAAGUUUGUGCUGAAUCUGUUAUCCAGGAUGUUAUUAAUAAAGACCCGUCUGGAAUUGUUGACUUUAUUAAAAGUCUACUGAAUAGUGAUUGUAACGAUGAAAUAUCUUGUCUUGGGCUGAUGGUUCUUGGAGUUAUUCUUGGUAAUCAUUCGAACAAUAACACUCGUGACUGGAAUAAACUGAAGGACCUCGUCGACCCAUUAAAGACGUUUAUGCUUAAAUGUAAAAACCGGGAAGUUAGGAAUUUGGCAGACGAGUUGUACUGUUCGAUUAUGACUCAUGGAGCUACAACAAAAGAAAAGCCAACACAGAAAAAUAAUACUAGAAAUUCCAGUUUUGGAGAAGCUAUUGAUGAGGCUACCGACGCUUUGAUGCCAGUGAGAGCACACGGGAUCAGACAAUUGGGUAGACUCAUCCUUGCAAACGACAGCCAAGCGGUUGCAAAAAAAGAGAUGAUCCUUUGCAUUUUCAAGGAAAAUUUAAAAGAAGAAGAUUCUUAUGUUUACUUAGCAGCUGUCGAAGGUCUUGCUGCUAUGGCUACUGCUUUUCCUGAUGAAGUUCUUACUACUUUAUGUGAGCAGUAUACUUUUUGCAAAGAUCCUGAAAUUAGAUUGAAAGUUGGUGAAAUUCUUGUUAAAGUCAUAAGGCUAUUAAAUGAAAUGGCGAUAAUUUAUAAACAUGAACUUGUUAAUGCUUUUCUUGACGGUUGUCGAGAUAAUGACCAUCUUGUUAGAGCUUCUAGCCUAUCAAAUCUCGGUGAACUUUGCAAAAUACUUUCUUAUAGGAUACACACUUAUCUUACUGAGAUAUUUUAUUGUAUCGAAUGUAUUUUUGAUACUGAUAAAUUCAUGGAACCAAGAAGGGCUGCAGUGAUGGUGCUUACUCAGCUGUUGAAAGGAUUAGGACCAGAUUCUCUUACUGUUUUAGAAAAUAUUUUACUAGAGCUUUAUAGGAAACUAAAGUUCAUCUACAAUAAUGACAAGGAUGACAUAACUAAACUUCACGCCCAGUUAGCUUUGGAAGAGAUCAACGCUUGUACAUUUUCAUUUUUCAGACAACCUUUAGAGCUCAAAAAAAGAAUAUUUGUUCUCGAUCCACCAACUUAAGUGUGUGAAUUUGUUUUAAAUAGACUCACCGGCAAAAUAUUCAGCCCACUUAAGAAAAUAUUCAAUUUUGAAUUCUUUUGGACAUUUUCAUGUUUCUUCCUCUUGUCUCUAUAAGAGAUCUUGUUUGAAGUUUUAUAUUCUUCAUAUAAAAACUUUGGUUUCAUGAAUAGAUUGUCUAAAGAAUGGGCUGAUAGUUAAAAAAAUUUUUUUUUCAAGUUUCACAUCACUGUGAAGAUAAAGAUAUAUGUUAAGUUUAAUAAAGUGAAUAAACAUAGGGCAACAUUUGAGGCAUAAAUCACAAUUAAAGAAAAACGAAAGAAACUAAAUGGGCUACUUAAUUUGCUUCAAAUAGAUUGGUGUAUUGUGCCAAAUUAAAACAAUAUAAUGACAAAUUCACAAAGAAUAUAAAGAUAUAAAUUAUUCACAAUAAUGGUGGAAUUUUUUAUCUGAGUGUAUAUCCAUGCCCACUAAAGACUGAAUCAACUGAGAAAAUUGAAAAAAAGAACUACUUAUAUAUAUAUUAAAGACUGCACAAUAUAGAGUUACAGACAGUAUCACUUAUGAAAAAUAAAAAAUCACUGUUCUUCUGCA